AUGUACCGGUAUCUUACCAUUUUGAUAGCAAGUUUUGUGCUAUUCGGAAUUAGUUGUACUUGGGCAGCAAAUUGGGCAGUACUUGUUGCUGGUUCUAAUGGUUGGUAUAACUAUCGACAUCAAGCUGAUGUUUGUCAUGCAUAUCAAAUUUUACAUAAAAAUGGUAUUCCGGAUUCAAAUAUUGUUGUUAUGAUGUAUGAUGAUUUAGCUAAAAAUGUCGAAAAUCCAACCAAAGGUAUUAUUAUCAAUCAUCCAGAUGGAACUGAUGUUUAUCAUGGUGUGCCACAUGAUUAUACUCAUCUGGAAGUAACACCAAAAAACUUUAUGCAUGUUCUCCUUGGAGAAAAAGCUGCCUUGCAAGGUGUUGGUAGUGGUAAAGUCUUACAAAGUGGUCCCGAUGAUAAUGUUUUCAUCUAUUUUACUGAUCAUGGUGCAGUUGGUUUGGUUGCUUUUCCACAUGGUGUUCUUCAUGCUAAAGAAUUGAAUGAAACAAUAACUAAAAUGUACAAUGAAAAGAAAUACAAACAAAUGGCUAUUUAUAUUGAAGCAUGUGAAUCUGGUUCCAUGCUUGAAGGUCUUCUACCAGACAAUAUCAAUAUUUAUGCAACAACUGCAUCGAAUGCAGAAGAAUCAUCGUACGCUUGUUAUUAUGAUGAAAAACGACAGACUUAUUUAGGCGAUGUUUAUUCCGUUGUUUGGAUGGAAGAUUCCGAUGCUGAAAAAAUUGAUCAAGAAACCUUAUAUCAACAAUUUUUAGUUACGCAAAAAUAUACGAAUACAAGUCAUGUUAUGCAAUAUGGUGAUCUUACUUUAGGUCAAACACAUAAUGUUAGUGAAUUUCAAGGUGCAACACAACAGAUCUAUAAGCACCAUCGUAAUUUACUUAAGAAACAUCGUAAUACUUUACUUAGACGUGAUGCUGUUCCAACAGAAGAUGUUCGUAUUGCAAUUGUUAGCCGUCGUUUAGCUGCUGCAGAAGAUAAUUCAGCUAAAAAACUAAAAUUAGAACGUGAACUUGCUCAAUUAUACAAUGAUCGAUCGAUAAUAACAUCUCGUAUUGAACAAAUUGCCUCGAAAGCUUUACUCAUCAAUCGUGGUGGUUAUUUAGAAAUUGUUACAGAAAAACGUAUGAAAUUAACAAAAUAUGAUUGUUAUCAAUCGGUAACAGAACAUAUUCAUGAGAAAUGUUUUGAUCUUCAAAAUGAAUUUGUUCUUAAUAAACUUUACAUUAUGGCAAAUCUAUGUGAAAUAGGUCUUCGUGAUUUUACUAUGAAACAGGCUGUUGAUGAAACCUGCAAUGAACGACUCCAUUUUGACUAUUAA